GUACAGCUGCUUUUGGAAAGAUAACAUAGCUGGAGGUGUACUUUCAAGCUCUGUCAUUACUAUGAAUAUCCUUGAUGCUACAGCGGAAGACAUAAGCAAAGCGCUGAAAAGGAGAGGACUUCCGGAUGCAGUCAUUAACACAUUGUUUGAAAACUAUAUUGAUGGUCAAUCUCUGCUAUCCUUGGUUGCUGAUUUAGAUGAGUUUCAACAUUUAGUACCACAGAGUGCCCUGAGAAUGAAAAUUAAGAAAAUAGUUCAAGAACUUAAGGAAGCUAACAAUCUGUUAUCCUUUGAUUCAGAGGACAUGUCAAUCAAAGCAUCACAGAGCACAUUAGAAUCAGAGCUAUUAGUUGCUAUGGGUAUUACAUCUCAUUUUCCUGAAGAAAGUGGAGAAAUUUAUGAACUUGAAGAAGCAAUAUCAUCUCAAAGCUUUAUCAAACACCCAUUAUCUAACAAAACAACACCUCAAAAACCAAAACGAAUCAAGUUGUCUAGCGAUGUUGAUAAAAAGAGACUUCCUAUUCCAUGCCCCUUACCUACAGUUUUCUCCAAAACAGUUCAUAUGGCUCUGACAGAAAAUAAACUGGGUGGGACUGACAAACUCAGAAUGCUUAGAGAAAGCGCGUCUUUCUUUUAUGGGAUUUGUCCAGUACCAAAGCCAGCUGAAUACCAGGACAUGUCACGGGCACUUUGUGACAAAUACCCCAGUCUUAAAGAUCUUCAUGCACCUAAUGGGGAAUAUUGGAUAUCUGUUAAAGAAUAUCUUUCCCAGAGAUUUCGAAAUUUACGUCGAAAUUCAGAUUCCAUACAAACAGGAUUAGUAGCAAUUGCAUCUCCAAGCAUACCUAACAGUGAACCAUCAAAGGAGGCGACACAAAAUGUAGUUGAUGAAGUUUCGUAUAAACGAAAUCACGA